AUGUGGUUCGUCAACCCCGCCGAACAGAGCCCGGUGAUCCACGUCACCGGGUUGAUGUUAGACGCCGCACAGGUAUGCCGUCACUUUCAUUACUUGCCCACAGCGGACUUCGACAAAACAAUGCGUAUCCAACGUGGUGAAGGAGAUAAUAAACUCACGGAGGAAUCUGACGGAACUGUCUUCAUGGGCUCUUCUCCGAAGCCUUUGAUGUACUGUGCAAUAUACCCAUAUGUAUACCAGUACAUAACCGCCACUUUCAGACGUGCCCCCAGUCGUUUUAAUACGGAGACACAUUAUGAAUCCCAAAGAAGACGCGUUAAACCAUGUUCAGUGGAUUACGGUGCGGCGCCACAGGAACCGCUCUUGCAGGCACCUUCCACCUCGAAGUUUGAAGUGUGCACCGCAACUGUGCAAAAGACAUGCACAGGAGGAUGGGGAAGUGCAUCUCAAGGUAAGCCCUAUGUCAUUAUGCUAAUGCCGCUGCUCACAGCAACUGAUUACGCCGUAGCAAUGCUCCGCACUCGUCUAUGCUAUGAAGACAGAGGUAUACAACACGAGAUGAGGGGAAUUGCUCGUGAUAUGUACACCGUGAAGACCAGCAUGCGAACUCUAACAGAAUCCGUUCACCAGUUGAGUACAAGUUCCGCGGUAUACCUGCCUCUACCUGUGACCACCGUGGAGGAGCUUCAAUCCUUCGAUGCCUCACUGGGUGAUGGCAAAAUCAAGGGAGAGCUGGAAUACCUGGAAGUACAUUGCCUGAGGCUACCCGUCGGAUGA